CUUUUUCAUCACCUUCACAAUCACUUACGCACAAAUGUCUACUCGAGGCAGAGGCGUGCCCCAACAGGUUCUGACAAAUUCGUUUGUCAUAUCCAAGCUGCCCACGAGGACGCGAUAUUAUCAGUACGAAGCGAUCUCCGGUAGCGGGAAGGAUAUGAAGAACCCUCGAAGGAGGACCGAGGUCUUCGAGCGCCUUCAAAACCACACCGACCCCAAAUUAUUUACGCCGCGCUGUAUCUUCGACGGCGCCGUUAUUAUGUACUGUCCCCGCGAGCUUCCCUUGUCUGGCGGGGACUCUCAAACCUUCGAAGUCAACAUGUCCAACAAACCCCGAACGGAUGGUUCUGCCCCGACACGCGGAAUCCUACAGGUAUAUCUGAAGAAGGUCGCUGCCGACCCAAUCGAUUUUAGCGGUUUGCAAGCAUUCAUCGAUGGCAAACAGACCAAGCAGACUCCUCAGGUCUUGACAGCGAUAAAUGUCCUGCAACUGAUCAUUCGCCAGGCACCGAAUCUGAAAUAUCCGAACAACACGCGUGCGUUUUUUACCAAAGACGCCGGGAUACAGACCCUGGGCGGAGGUUUAGAAUUGUGGCGCGGAUACUUCCACGAGCCUGUCUCUCAAUUAUCAUACGUUAACACUCAUGUAAAUCUCAGGUUCAAGCAGGGUAGCUUUCAGACCGCCGCUCUUGCUGUUCUCAAGCAGAACGACGUCCGUGCGCUGGAACUCCGCCCAGAUUCCCCUCAGUUCCGCCAGUUGAAGAACUUCUUCAAGGGCGUUUCCGUCACGCUCGCCCACCGGCCGGGCCUCAAAAAGAUUCGGGGAUUGGUUCCUAACGCUGGAAACUUUGAGUUCGAGAACACGACGGUCAAGGACUACUUCAAGAAAGCUUGGAGUCGUCCUCUAAAUUAUCCGAACAUCAUCGGCAUUCAGGUUGGAUCAAAGGACCGGGAUGAAGUCAUCCCAGCGGAAAUGUGUGCUAUCGCACCCGACCAACGCUACACGCGAAAACUCCCUCCCGAAUUCUCACCGAUGAUGGUUAAGUUUUCUUCCAAGAAACCAGAUGAACGCCUGGCGCUCAUCAGCGCUGGUAUCAGCAACGCAAUUACGACCGACCAACGCUCUGCCCUGGAUUAUCAGAAUUCGCCUUUCUUGCAAGAUGCGGGGAUCACUGUAUCUCCCGACCCUAUCUUAGUCACUGGACGUGUCCUCCCCACACCCAAAAUCCAUUACGGCAACGCUGCCGCUAGUAGACCGGUGCAACCCCGAAAUGGGUCAUGGAAUGUCAUUGACCAGAUCUUCCAUGAACCAAAGGGUCUAUCGUCCUGGGGCAUUCUUAAUUACUCAAGGGUCAACGAUCAGACGAUCAAUCGGUUCGUCAACACUUUGCUCAACGCAUGCAAGAAACUUGAUGUAGCCCCACCUGCGGCGAGCCAAUCUUGUGCUGGUGCAUCGUCUGUGGUAAACGACAUGAGAUCGCUUAAAAAUGCCGUCAGCAGCAGGAUAGGCAAAGAUCCGGAGAUGGUAUUGGCCAUCCUGCCGACAAGCUCGACGGAUAUUUAUCACGCUAUCAAGUCGUUCGGUGAUGUUAUUGCUGGUUUCCCAACACAGUGUGUCCGAGAGAACAAGAUCGAAAGAGCAAACGACCAGUACUGUGCGAAUCUAGGCAUGAAGAUCAACGCCAAACUUGGAGGCGUCAAUUCAUUACCAAGGUCAGGUGCGUUGGAGAAGCUCAUGAGCGCUCCGUUCAUGAUUAUGGGUGCCGAUGUAGGGCAUCCUGCACCUGGCAUGAUCAACCAGCCCUCUGUGGCAUCUCUCGUUUAUUCGUUUGAUCGGUAUGCUGCGCGGUACGAAUCGAUGAUGUCGGUUCAACACCCCCGCCAAGAAAAAAUUGACGAAUUACGCAAAUUAGUAUAUCGUGCGAUCUUCGAGUUUGGCGAGCGUAAUAGGGCCGCACCCAUACGCAUCAUUUUCUUCCGAGAUGGCCUUUCCGAAGGAGAAUACGCGCUCACGGGACAAGAGGAGAUCGAGGAUAUCACAGGGGCGAUCGAUGACAUCUGGCGGGACAAAGGCAUAAAGGGCGCGAAACCUGAACUGACGUUCAUCGUCGUAGGUAAACGACACCAUGUCCGAUUCUUCCCAAGGAACAGGAACGAUGGGGACAAGUCUGGUAACUGUCCCGCAGGAUUUGUUGCCGAUCAGGGAGUGGGAAAUCCAGCAGUGCGCGACUUCUACUUACAAUCGCACGGUGGUCUCCUUGGAACUAGCAGGCCGAGUCACUAUAUUACGCUCAGGGACGACGUGUAUAAGCACAACACAGACGACCUGCAGGAGCUCGCGUUUACGUUGUGCCAUUCUUAUGCGCGUGCGACGCGUUCCGUCUCUAUUCCGGCUCCCGUUUAUUGUGAGUUAUAUCUAUUCAUCUACAGUGCAUGCAUCGUCUGCGCGCGUGGCGCGUUCCAUUUCAACCCUGCCAUGGGUUUCGACGCUGCUACUAUCUCUAGCCAUGACGACGCUUUCGACCUUGAACGCUGGAGGAAAAAUUUUAAGGACAAACACGCUAAUUUGGCCAAGAAGAUGCAUUUCAUGUGAAAAGGAUGUGGAAGUAUAAUUUGCGCAACGCUUUUGAUGAAUGACUCAGUUGGAUGUAUGUAGGAUAUAGCACAGCAGUUUUUGUUUGCAUGAAAUUAAUGAACUCGUGGUCUUCUCUC